AUGAACGCGAUCACAAGCUUACUAUCUCUGUUUCUAGCCGCUGUGGCCGUGGGCCAAAUUCAGCCGUCGGGUGUGACGAGGCCAAUCGCUCAGGAUUGUGGGUUUAAUGGAACUGUCGUCUGUGUGAAUAAAUAUGGCGCGGUGCUACCUUACCACUUUAACCGGUCCAUUUCCAACAACAACGCCGACUACGACUACAGAAACACUAGCGUGAGGAACGCCUCGACGUUUGACCUCCUGGGUGGCGCAGACUUUGUUGUCUUUGACCAACAGCGAGGCAUGCAGUACCUAGGAUCGAAUCCGAGCUACGAGUUCAUGUUCGCAGUCUCCAAGGCGGUGCAUGAAGCUCCGGUCUAUGCUCCAGAGCAGAAUCUGUUGUUCAUCUCCCAGUUGGCCCCACCUCCCGGCUAUCUGCCUCAACUCGUCGUGAACUUGAACGACGAUCCUCCGACGCUGAGUGAGUACCUCCCAAAUCCACCGGUCUAUGCUCCAAACGGUGGCACCUUCCGGGACGGUGUCAUUGUCUUUGGCGCCAGCGGAGGCAAUGACAGUAUCGGUGGAGGAGAGCAAAGAGUUUCGCUGCGAACAGUGGAUCCCGCCACCAAUCGUUCAACUGUACUCCUGAAUAACUAUUUUGGGUUCUACUUUAACACCAUCGACGACGUGGCUGUUCACCCCAUCUCGAAGGAUAUCUUCUUUACCGACCCCCAAUACAGUUGGUUCAAUGCCUUGACAGACACCGCCCCGCAGCUACCAUGUGCGAGCUAUCGGUUCAAUCCAAGCACGGGAGCUACAUUCCUCGUCGAGGACACUCUGGAGCAACCCAACGGUAUCGCGUUCUCUCCAGACGGCACAACCUUGUACAUCUCCGACACAGGUGCCGUGACGGGAACUAUUGAUCCUCGGCUCGGCAGCCAGGGCACUACCUUCAACACCACCGGAAAACGGACCAUCUAUGCUUGGGACGUGUCGAACAACGGCACCAGAAUCUCCAACAAACGUGCCUUUUACCUGGCACAGGAUUGGGUUCCAGAUGGCUUGAAGGUGUCUCAAGAAGGCCUCGUGCUCACGGGGUCCGGUCACGGUGUCGACGUCCUGGAUGAUGCCGGCCAGCUUCUCAUCCGCAUCCAGACGAACUACACGGUUCAAAACUUCGCGUGGACGGGGGAGAAUCUGACCACUUUGUGGCUCAUGGGGAACAACGGCAUCAGCAAGGUUGAAUGGAACAUCACUGGGCAGAAACUGACCUGA